CCCUUUCUUUUCUUUUUUUCAUUCUCGACUCCAUCGAUCUCUCCAGACUAGGAAUUUAUCUUCGCUUGGGAUCCAUUCUGUAUACCUUCCUUCCUCCACUAUUCCUUGGUCAUCUGUCUCCACCAUUAUCGUGCACAACUAUUUUACUCUAUUUCUAUUUAUUAUAUAUUUUUCUUUUUCUUGCUUGACUUAAAACUACUUUAUCCCGGUGACUAGUUAGCUGAAUUUCUCCUUUAUCGCUCUUGACAUUCCUUUGGUCUCUCUCACAAUGCCCUCUACCGCACCUGUGCUUCGGCCCAAGAAAGGCCAGCCUGUCAAUGCCCACGAGCCUGACAGCCCCAUCAGUUAUGAUAUCAACAUUCCCUAUGUGGAUGUGAAUGGCAACUCGCAGCUCCGCACGCGCUACCCGGAGUAUCUGCCUACCUGGGACAAAAUGUGGUUUGAGCCGCUGCCUCCCUUCGAGUAUGAGGAUCCCGCGCUGCGCGUCAAAGACACGUCCAAGCGCAACCUCCUUUCUGGCGCGGGCGUCAAGGUCACCGAAAUCCAACCGCAGAUCGGCAGCAUCAUCGAGGGUGUGCAGCUUAGUGAACUGACCGACAUGGGCAAAGACGAGCUUGCUUUGAUGGUCGCCGAGCGCAAAGUCUUAGUCUUCCCGGCACAGGACCUGAUCGACGCCGGGCCCGACGCGCAGGAGAAGUUUAUGCGUCACUUUGGCAAGCCGAACUACCAGCCGGUCUCGGGCACGGUACGCAACCAUCCCGGUUUCCACAUCAUCCACCGCGACGGCAAUCGGGAGGAAAUCGCCCGCUUUCUCGAGCAGCGCACCACGACUACCCUGUGGCACCAGGAUGUGAGCUACGAGAUCCAGCCGCCAGGCUACGUCAUGCUGGGACUUUUGGAGGGGCCGGAAGUUGGCGGUGAUACGGUAUUUGCCGCGACUGACACGGCAUACAAACGUCUCUCGCCCACACUUCGCGCGUGGCUCGAUACGCUCAUGGUCACGCACAGCUCAUCAAAGAUGAUUCAACACACCCGUAUGACCGGAGGCCUGGUCCGUAAGGAUCCCGUCGAUACCACGCACCCGCUGGUACGCGUGCAUCCCGUCACCGGCGAGAAGUGCCUCUUCAUCAACGCCGAAUUCGUCACCAAGAUCCAAGGCCUAAAGGAGCCCGAGCAGCGCUGGCUGAUCGACUUCCUGAUGCAGCACAUCAUCACCGGUCAUGAUUUCCAAGCUCGCGUGCGCUGGCAGCCGAAGAGUAUCGUCAUUUUCGACAAUCGAGCCACUACCCACUCGGCGAUUGUGGACUACCUGGACGACGACUACGGAGCGAAGCUGCGACACAUCUUCCGCCUGAUUGCGCUAGGCGAGAAGCCCAUCCCUGUUUACGACCAGUUCGAAUAGAUCGCAGUCACCUUUUCGACCUAGUCUCUGCUGAUCUGACUCUCGACCCGACACUCUCAAACAAGAACAGAAAAAAAAAACUGCAUGAUUCAUGAUAUUCCCCACCGGCGUCUCCUACUCAUUCCACCACAAAAACAACACCGAUGAUGACCCGAUUGAUCGAAUGAGCGAUAUACUCUCGUCAUAAUUUCGACCCAUGAUUGAUUGAUUGAUUGAUACCUUUACCCACCAGACCACCGCCCCAUCUACCAGAACCAGUCUGGUGUGGUCUGAUUAGAUCGGCCACAAAAAAUAGACAGUCUGCAUACCCUUUUCAUGCGGACACUGGGGUUUUUGCUAUUCUUUUUUCUUUUUUUCUAGAUUUGGCAUAUCGUUCGCACGCAGCUUUUGAUUCUCUUUUUGUCUUAUUUUGCUCGUUCCGUUACCAGAUAGACAUUUUCUUUUCUUUUCUUUUUUACCUGCUUACUGGUCUGUUCUGAGGUGCAACCAGGCAGCCUUACUCACUUGUUUGAUGCGAUUGGAUCGGAUUGGAUUGGGAUUCAUGUUGCGCUCAUGAUGAUAGCUAAUCAUAAUUAUAAUACGAGAUCAUGAUGACUACACUUA